UUUGGAUCGCAGUGACUUUGUGAUACGGAUGUUUUCCCCAAGCGGAGAAUGAACGAGGCCGGCGAUAAGGAGGCGGUUGCUGUGCCGAGGAAGCACCGACUCAUGUCCGCGGUCCACGGAGGUGCGUCUCCCGGUCUCGCGUGCAGACCGGGUCGCGUGCCGAACGGCGUAACGCUGGUGCACUGCUUUAUAUGCGGUAGCGGAGUAACGCUGGGAAAGGAGCUGCAGAUGCAGGUUAAGUACCGGCACGGGAACACGCCUUUCUUUCCGUUCUUGCAAGGCCAGGAGCCGGCACCGGGCGCCGCGGAGGUCGGGGCUGACGGGCACGCGCUCGUGUGCGCCGUGUGCCACUUCUUCCUGCGUGAGCAGUGGAAUGCGUUCGAACGCAGCCGCACGCCGCUCGACAAGCGUGUGUACUGGCUCAAGAGACCGCACCAGUGCGACGCGCGCCACGCGCCCCGGGACUGGAACGUAGCGCAGGACGCUGAUGCCAGACCGAGCACGAGCGGUCAGAACGGAGACGGCGACGAGUCAGAUUUCUCGUCGUUCUCGGACAACGAGCACGCGUCGGAUCAAGAAUCUGAUGCAGGAGACAUUGGAGGAGGAGGAGUAGAAGGAGAGGAGAAAGGGAAGUGCUUUAAAGUUCCCGCUGCCGGUAUAGCGUGCAAGGACGGCACAGGGAUUAAAUGCAGUUCCGACUCGCAAAGCGUUGCUCGUUACCGGGUCAGUGUUUACACUCAGGACGCAGAGAAAGCUGAGAGCUCUUUGCUGCCUGGCUCUGGAAUGAUGAAUCACGUGUCUCAGACGACGUUGGCACUGGCACGGCUCCAUGGGAACCUUGCACGGCGUGAUUGUGGGAGCCCUUCCGGUGACACACCCACCCAGGACGGUGGGAUUGUAAUGCGGGACAGAAGAAGCGGUUGGAACUCCAGGCUGCAGCAGCUGCUCUUCAGUGCCGGUGAGGAUAUUGCACAUGCACAUGCCAAAGAAGCCGGUCUUAACCAGUUAAGUGACUCGGAUACAUCUGAUGGCAAAGAGAUAAAUGUAACAAGCGAUGAAGAUAGGGAGGAUGAGCAGAGAAGACAAGAAGUUGGCUACCAGGUUAAGGACAGACACGUGUGCUACAUCUGUGGCAGCGGGCUUCUCCCAGGCGUUCGUUUUGAAGUGUGUGUACAGAAGCAGGAGAGAGCUGCCACUGAGCCUUUCUUCCCCUUCCUGUGGCUGCACACGCCUCCACCAGACGCUCUGCCGAUAAGCUCAGGGGGCCGCACGCUGGUCUGUGCCAGCUGCCAUGCUUCACUUAUGCAGCAGUGGCAGGGCUUCGAACUGGCGGACGUACCCAUCCUGCAGCGCCUUUAUGUCGUGCCAGUUAACGUAGGUGCUACCACGUCGCCCGAUAUGGAUGGCAUCGGGCCUUUACCCAAAAUUCACCCUGUCCCUUCUGUACAUCCUCCCAGGGAGGCCUGCUAUUUAUGCGGGCAAGACUGUGCCCAAGACAUCAGGGUGGCGUAUUCCCGUGCCGGGGUAGGCAAAGCCCGUGGUGCCAUGUACUUUCCAUUUAUCAACCUGCUUCCAUGCCCACCCAAAGCCCAAAUCAUGCGAGAUGGGCAAGUACAUUGCUGUGCCACCUGUUACACCAUCUUAGAGGACAUCUGGGCGGCAUACCGUCUCUGCCUUAGUGAGGAACUUAUCACAUCAGUCAGCACCUUCCUGGGGAGAUACCACCAGACCACGACUGCAUCAGGAGCCUCAAGCGGCCUCGUCCGAGUGCAGGAGAGCAUGUCUGCGUCCCUUCACCACACUUCUGUGUGUUACCUGUGUGGGAUGGAGCUCUCUGCAGGCACAGAGUACCAGCUUCACGUCAAUCCUCCUGGACGAUGCGGAGAAAAAGAGCCCUUCUUCCCUUUCCUGACUGUGCACAAGCCGGCCCCUUGCGCCCACCCUGUAGAUGUCACUGGCCUGGUGGCUGCUUGUUCUCUGUGCUAUCAUGAUCUGCUGGCUCAGUGGGCACAGCAUGAGGCUGCAGGAUCGGGGCCCUCAAGCAGCCCCUGGUCACGUCAAUACAGCUGCGAAUCUUUUGUCUGCUUUUUCUGCAGGCAGGAGAAAAGGAGGGUGCUGGGGUUAAAGGCGGUCAAUGUCGCUCGGUUACCCGUCUUCCUCUACGCCCCACGGGUUAGCCACACUCUCGUGGUGGAUGAUGGGAAACAGCUUACAAUUGGUUCAUGUGUGGAAUGUAAAUCCAUGGUGUUGGCUGGACAGAACAUGCAGCAGGAUGCCACUCUGGACCAUGGAAGAUCAUCAGGGACUAAGCAGAAGAGCUUCACGUUGGAAGAAUCGUCCGAGAGCGGUAAAGAAGACGCUCAACAACCGACUGCACCGGUGAGGGACGUUUCCCAGCAUGCCCACGCUCCGGCUGGCGAAUCUGCACUCACCUCCAAAAGUUCUCAUCACUCGAGCGAGGACAGAGAUCGAACACCUUCCAGCAUGAGCCAUGAGCCGAAGUCGCCCUCACUAGGCAUGAUCUCCACGGCGACGCGCACCACGGCGACGGUCAGCCCGCUCACGCCGUCGCCCCUCAACGGCUCCAUCGUGGCCAAUGGCAGCCCGGCUGCUCAGUCUGCUCACUCUGGAUUCGCCGCCGCACUCCGCAAACUGGCCAAGCAAGCCGAGGAGCCUCGAGCAGGUUCCUCCAUCAGUAGCGAGUCCUCCCCUGUCUCUUCUCCAGCCACAAACCAGAGCUCUCCAGUGAGCACGCCAAAGCGCGGUCCCCUCGGGCCCGUCAUAGUGCCCCCUGGAGGCCACAACGUGCCCAGCACCCCACCGGUGGUCACCAUCGCCCCUACCAAAACGGUCAACGGCCUGUGGAGGAGCGAGAGCCGCCCUGUUCGAGAGUCAGAGUCGGGCCCCCGUGGUGUCAGUCGAGAGCGUUUGCCGCCUGAGGCUCAGGAAAAGGGCGGCCCUUCUGUUCCAGCCCACCUCAUAGGAAAUCCGUACGCGUUUGGCCUGACGUCUGGAUCUGUGAUGCAGGAUUCACGCUUUCAACCCCUUAACAGCCUGCAAAGGCAGAUGCCCCAUGGCGUGCCCCCCACCGGCGUACCAGAGGAGUACCUGCGCGGUUUCCGUCCAUACGCUACGGCCGAGGACCUGCGCAUGCCCUCGCUGCCCAUGGGCCUGGACCCGGCUGCAGCUGCGGCUGCUGCCGCUAAUUAUUAUCACCCCAGCUACCUGGUUCACCCCUCAUUCUCCCCUUACAGGAUGGACGAUCCGUUCUUGUCCGCACUGAGGUCUUCAUUUUAUCCUUUACCUGCAGGGGGCGCUCUGCCCCCACUGCACCCAUCUGCCAUGCCCAUGCAUCUCCCAGGGGUGCGUUACCCUGGUGACCUCAGCCAUGCCUCGCUGUCCAGUCUGCAGUCUGAGAGGCUCCAUAUGGAAGAUGAGCUUCGUCAUAGAGAAAGGGAGCGCGAAAGGGAGCGCGAGCGGGAAAAGGACCGGGAGCGAGAGGCAGAGCGAGAGAAAGAGCGAGAACGAGAGCGGGAGCGAGAACGAGAGCGAGAAAAGGAGCUCGAGAGGGAGAGGGAGCGGGAAAGAGAAAGGGAGCGGGAGAGAGAGAAAGAAAGAGAGCGGGAGAGGGAGAGAGACAGAGAGCUGGAGAGACAGAAGGAGAGAGCAGCACGAGAGAAGGAGCUUCAGGUGUCCAAGGCCAUGGAGGGUCACUACCUGGCUGAGCUCCACGCUCUGAGAGGACAGGCAGAGGAACGAGUGAAGGCUGCCGAGAGACUCACUCCUAACAGAGCAGAUAAAACCAAAGAGCCCACCCUCCCUGCUCCUAAACCAAUCCAGGCUGGCCUGCACCCUUCAAUAAGCUCCUCCCACCAUCCGGUGCCCACUCUGAUUUCCGCACAUGGCAUGUACCUAGGACCAGGUGGGACGGGACCCGGUGCUCUGACGCCCGCCAUGAUACUGCAGCGCAACAACGAGGAGGAGAGGUGGCUGGCUCGGCAGAGGAAACUGCGGCAGGAGAAAGAGGACAGACAGUACCAAGUGUCUGAGUUUCGCCAGCAGGUUCUGGAGCAACAUCUAGACAUUGGCCGGCCAGGAGAUGUGCCUGAACUACGGAACGAGGGGCCGAGGCCCAUUCCAAACCACCAGGAACCCGGCAGCAGAGAGCGCGAUCGUGAGCGGGAUAUCCUCCCCCUCCUCAGCGGUCCUCCACCUCUCAUCUCCCCCAAACCUCAUGCCCCUGCUCCACCCACCACCCUCUGGAACCCAGCAGCGACAAUAGAGACCUCCACGGAGUCAAGGCGGACUCUACACGAGCCACAUUCAGGUCCCUACGACAUCAGCCGCCUUGCUCCGCCUCCCACCAAAACCGAGCGCCAUUUCAGCUCGGAAAAGCCUAAAGACGGACACGAGAAGUUCCCACUCGUCCGGCCUACGGGGUUCUCGGAGACCCGCCCUUUCCUGGCUGAGCUGGAGAAAUCCACACAGUCCUUUUUAAACCAGCAGAGGGCAGCGCUGAGUCUGAGCACACAAUACGGCGAGCUGAGCGGUACUCUGAAGAGCAGUGCUGUCCAUAAAGGCCUUUCGGGACCACCGACGAGGCCGGGAAGCGAUACAGUGCUCGUGUACGACGAAUAUCUGCAGCUGCAUCGACGACCGGUUAGCAAACUGGACCUGGAGGAGAGGAGGAGGAGGGAAGCGAGAGAGAAAGGGUAUUACUACGAGCUGGAUGACUCGUACGACGAGAGCGAUGAAGAGGAGGUGAGAGCUCAUCUCCGGAGAGUGGCCGAGCAACCGCCACUCAAACUGGACGACUCCACUGAGAAGUUGGAGUUUCUGCGGAUGUUCUGUUUGACCACCAUGUCUCGGCGAGAGGAGCUGAUGGAACAUAAAAGGAGGAAGAGGAGGAGGAUGCUCCGGGAACGAAGCCCUUCGCCUCCGGCUGUGGCCAGCAAGCGCCUGCCUCCACCGCUUAGCACUCGCUUCACUCCUGAGGAGAUGGACAACAGCCCGGAGCUGGAGGCCAAAAAACGCUUUCUCACCAUGUUCAGCCUCAAUCACCUGAGCAUGCAGCAGAGGAAAGAGAAUGAGAGAGUGGUGGAGCUGCUGCACGCCAUUAAACAGAAAAGUGUGACUCUAGACACCAUUAGGCAUAAUCCUUUCCCGCUGUGUAAGAGCCCGCUGCUCCAUCAGCCUGAUUCUUCCUCAUCGCAGUCUCCAGGUCAGUCAGGCAAGUCAGUCAGCGCCAGACCCUCGAGUCCUCCACCUCCGUCUGCCGGACCUCCAGCCGAGCCUUCCUCCGCUCCACCUCCCGAGCACCUCAGACCCGUCUCUGAACCGCUCAGACCGAAGGACACGCCCCCUCCCCUGUCGUACGCCGACAAAAAGCGCGGCAGCGACGUAAUCCUGAGCAAAAAGUCCUCUAGCCUGCUGAACAGUGUGCGUCCUCCGGCGCAUCCAAAAGACGGCGCGGGAACCGUGAACGGCCGGACCAAGACGUGGGAGAGCUUCACAGCCGAGGAGUUCGCCCAGCAGUUCCACGAGUCGGUGCUGCAGUCCACUCAGAAAGCACUGCAGAAGCACAAAGGUGGCGUCUCGGUCAUCUCCGAACCCAACCACACGCUGGACUCCACGGUGCACUACAACAUCCCGGAGCUGCAGGGUGGCCCGGGCCGCAGCACACACCCUCACACGCACCCUUCGGUUCAGCCCAACGGUCUGCACUGCCCUCCAGCAGCCCGGAGAGACGUACCGCCACGCCCCGAACUCUCCACUGAGGAAGACUCAGAUGAACUGGAGGAGGAAGAGGAGGAAGAGGAAGAGGCUCCGGGACAUCGGUGGAACGGGAUCGAGUCCAUCUUCGAAGCGUAUCAAGAAUAUGUUGAAGAGCAAAAUAUCGAGCGUGAGGUUCUGCACAGUCAGUGCAGGAAGCUGGAAGCCCAACACUACAACCUCAGCCUGACUGCUGAACAGGUCUCUCACUCCAUGGGGGAGCUGAUGGCUCAGAAGCAGAAGCUGGCAGCUGAGAGAGAGAAGCUUCAGGCCGAGCUGGAGCACUUACGGAAGUGUCUGAACAUGCCGCAUUCGGCCUGGAGCAGGGCUCACUUCAAGGGAUAUCCUCCCAGGUGACAUCACUCGGGAAUCACCUGCGCUUCAUCCAUCCCCUCUUCCUUUUCCUUCUUUUCUAACGCCCGGACUCCGCCCCCCCUCCGGUCCUCCACGAAAGAAAGAGGACGGAGGUUUGGAGAGAUGGUGCACGGUGAGGACGCUGAGAAGGACUGAUGCUUAAAAGCCAAUCUGACAUAAAUAUGUGCCAUGGAGGUGUAGGACAGGUGCCACGCCCGUUACCAAGCAACCCGCCCGGAUCUCGCAGGAACGCUCCAUGUCUCACACACACAGAAACACACACACACACACACACACACACACACACAGAGGUACAGAUCUCACAGAAAAACUGACCGAUCGCGUGACUCCCCAAAAACGUAUAUCGUCAUGGCAACCGCACCAUCUCACCUAAGGAUCCGAGGAGCUUUUUAAACUGGAAAUGCACUUACGAGAAGAACCCAGAGGAACUAACUACCUGGAGGUACUGUGUUAUAUAACAAGGAACUCCUUUCAAAAAUGAAAUGCACAUUUUUGUCGUUGGGGGGGGAAUAAUAAAAAUGAAAAAAAAAAACUUAAGGAAAGUUUUAUUCAAGAAAAGAUUUUUAAAGAGGCGCUUAAGCCUUGUAUUGUAAAUAGCGAAACAAAACGGAAAGGAAUUUUUGUAUGUUUUUAUUACUUACUUUAAUUGUUCUUUGAAGAAGGAAAAAAAAAAUAGAAGAAGAAAAAAAAAGAAGCCUGCCAUUUUUAAAGAAAAAAAAAUAUGCACAUGCUUUUUAGGGCGUUAAGCUGGAGCCUUGCUUUUAGUGUUUGUAUUGCUGCUGGUCAGGAUAAAGGACGGAGGAAGAGCUCAGCGCACACCUGUGUGUGUGUGUGUGUGUGUGUCUGUGAAAGAGUGUGUGUGUGUGUGUGUGUAGCCUACCACAGUAGCGUCCGUCCCCGAAGGCAGAACGUCACCACUCUCCCGCUCCCUGCACUCUGGACUACUACCGUAGGCUCAUGACCAUUCUUUUUUUUUUUUAUAUAUAUAUAUAUAUAUAUAUUUUAUAUAAUUUUUUUUUUUUUUUUUUUACAUUUGAUGGUGAAACAGCAUGCAUUCUCUGCAUUCAAUCCCUUUUUUUGUAUCUUAAAAAUUUGUGUAAUGUAUGUUAAAACAGUGAGUACUGUGCCAAACGUACCCACAGAGCCACAAAUCAGAAUCACGCCAUUAGUAACGCGAGCACUGACGGCCAAAAACGCUUUCACAUCGACGCUAAGCUCGGUUUAUCACGCGGAGCGUCAGUAUUGUUAGUUAGCAUCAAAUAUAAUGUUUAAUCACAGGGUGUGUACACGGGGGGGGUGUGUGUGUGUGUGUGUGUCCUCAGGUUAGAAGUACUUCAACCACACACACACACUGUUUAAAUGACGUUCUACCCUAAUUAGUGAGCAUAUAAAGUGAACGACACCAUUUUUGGAUUAACCCACGGCUCCUUAUCGAGCUAAAUAUACGAGCUACAAAAUUAUUUUCGGUUUAAACGGCGUAUAAAUACGAUGAAACUUUAACUAUAAUUAUAUUAUUGAAAAUCGUUUAACAUGUUUUGUAACAAAAGAGCUCCAUCUUAAACGACAAAGCAACAACUCUCCAUCUUUAUCAUAUAUCUCAUCAAUUAUGCCAGGAUCUAUGAAUAUGCAUGAUAUGCAAAUUAGAAACACCCCCACACAUCCUCCUGCCUUUCCUUAAUAGCUAGCUGGCUAGAUGAUUAAAGAAAAUAUAUCUAAAGCGCAUCGUCCUCAUCCUUUAACAUGAUUGGUGCAAAGCUGUGGCUCUGUUAGUGACAUCACAAACAUAGCCCCGCCCCAUAGAGUAGUUUUGUACAGAGAGACGUUUAACUGCACCUACAGUAUAUAAGGAGAAAAUGUUACUCAAGACUUUUUUUUACAGAUCUGCGUUUACGCUCUUAGGUAUCACGGACCCAAAGAAUCAUAAUCAAUCAGCUCGCUCGAACGAUUCAUCUGACGUGAUUCGUUGUCCUGUCUGCUAGCUUACUAACGCUACACUGUUGGAUCUCCAAAUCUCAGACUUCUGCCAUGUUACUCGGCGUCUCUGUCGGCGCUCUCGUCCUGUCAGCAGUAGGCCAAACGUUGACAUUCGGGUUGUUUAGCUCAUCCCAGGUUCAUGUUAUUAGCUCUCAGGCUCACAGGAUGGACCACAUCUGCAGGUGAUUCCAUGUUUACAGACCCGAGGCUGGCCCUAAAGACCAUCAAUCAUGUACAAGUGUGUGUGUGUGUGUGUGUGUGUGUGCGCUUGAGUGAGCACUACCACUGCCUGUCCAGGAACAGGGACACAUCCUCACUCGCUCGCUCUGUCUCUCAGUGACUCUCGACCAACUAGCGCGCACACACACACACACACGCGCGCGCGCGCGCACACACACAGUAAAUACCCCCCUCCCCCACCACCACCCCCUGAAACCCAGUGGAGGAUGUCUAGAUGCUGUGAAAUCAUGUUUUUAAGAAAAAAAAAUGUACUUGUUUGAAUUCAAUGUAAUGUAAUAUAUUCUUUGUUGAAUGUAGUAAUUAGGUAUUUAUGAAUAUAUUGCUGUAAUUUCUGACAAAAAAUAAAACGCUUCAGAAUUGAA